AUGUCGGUAAAAUUGAGUUGGCUAUUUCCCAAGAAAUUAGUGAGCCUUCUCUUUUCUUUGGAAAGUUUAGAUGCAAGGAUAAGUCCACCUAAAGAUCCUAGAAUGAGGCAAAAAAUAAGUAUGGCUGCCGGGAAGCCCAGAUGGAACACAUUAGAAUUUAAGUUGUAUUAUUUAUUAUUUGUUGUGAUAGUUAUGAUGAUUCUAGUGACUGCAUAUCGAGCUACAAAUCCUCCAAACCCUAAUUAUUAUAAGUUUGAAUCUCUAUUAAGCGAAGGAUGGUUAUUUGGGAGAAAAGUUGACAACAGUGAUACCCAAUAUAGGUUCUUCAGGGAUAACUUGUUUUUACUACUCGUAUUUAUGGCUGCACAGAUUUUUAUCAAGAAACUGGUCAUCCACAUUUUCCCUAUUAAUAAAGGUACGUUUGAUCUAUACUUUGGAAUUGCAUUCCUAUUUGUUAUCCAUGGGGUUAAUAGUUUGAGGAUUCUCCUUCAUUUUUUUGCAAUGUAUGGUAUAGCAAAAUUAUUGAAACAGCAAAAGAACGUUGCUCUUGUAUUGAGUUGGAUAUACGGGAUAGGGACCUUAGUAUUUAAUAACAGGUACAGGGCAUUCCCAUUCGGUGACAUUAUCCCGAUUGCAUCAUUUUUAGAUAAAUCCUAUAAAGGUGUCGUUGAGAGAUGGGAUGUUUUUUUUAAUGUUUCUUUGCUAAGAAUGCUUUCUUUCAAUUUCGAUUUUAUUGAAAGAUGGAACGCUGUUCACGCAGCACAAACAUCUACUACACCAACAUUGUACGAAGAGGAUGGCUCUUCUCCAAAGGUUGAGGACCUUAAGCUUUCUUCAAUCCCCAGCCCUGGUGUUGCUGAUUCAGUCGAAUUUCUCGAUGAACGUGCAAGACUCAUCGCUCCCCAUAAAAUUGAUGACUAUAAUAUUAAAAAUUAUUUUGCAUACAUCAACUACACCCCAUUAUUUAUUGCGGGACCAAUCAUCACCUUUAAUGAUUAUUUAUAUCAAACAACCCACCAAUUGCCAUCAAUUACACCUAGCAGGGUUUUCUAUUACAGUUUAAAUAUUAUGUGCUGCAUUUUGACCAUGGAAUUCAUCCUGCACUUUCUAUACGUGGUUGCAGCAUCAAAAGCAAAAGCUUGGACUGGCACUCCAUUUGAGGUAUCUAUGAUUGGUUUCUUCAAUUUAAAUAUUAUAUGGUUGAAACUGUUAAUUCCUUGGAGAAUUUUUAGGCUGUGGGCUUUAAUUGAUGGAAUUGAUCCGCCUGAAAAUAUGAUUAGAUGCGUUGACAAUAACUAUAGUACAAUGGCAUUUUGGAGAGCUUGGCAUAGGUCAUUUAAUAAAUGGGUUCUUCGUUAUAUUUAUAUUCCUCUUGGCGGUUCAUCCAAUCGGAUACUCACUUCUUUGGCAGUGUUUUCGUUUGUCGCUAUCUGGCAUGAUAUAGAGUUACGUUUAUUAUUCUGGGGUUGGAUGAUUGUACUAUUUUUGCUCCCAGAACUUCUCGCCACUAGGUAUUGCGCUAAGUAUUCAAAGGAGAAAUGGUUUCGCCAUCUCUGUGCAUUUGGUGCUGCAUUAAACAUAUGGAUGAUGAUGAUAGUGAACAUUUUUGGUUUCUGUCUUGGUUAUGACGGUACUAUUCAGUUUUUGAAAGAUUUAUUAGGGACUUUUAGAGGUGUCUUAUUCUUUAUACUCGCGACCUGUUCAUUCUUCAUCGCCGUCCAACUAAUGUUUGAACAACGAGAACACGAAAAGAGAAAUGGGAUAAAUGUAAGAUGCUAG